GGUCCACGCGUGCUGUGCUCAGACAGGCCCACGUGCUGGAGUCUCGCGCUGCGCUGAGAGCUGUGGAGGAGUAAUGGAGUUGUAGAUUUGAGUUUAUUUCGGGAAAGAAAAAUGCUUUUCUCUAAAGAAACGCCAUGGAGGCGGCUGGAGGGCAUGUCGUUCGGCAUGUACUCUACAGAGGAGAUCAGGAAACUGAGUGUCAAAAGUAUCACCAAUUCCAUUCUUUUGGACAAUGUUGGCACCGCUGCCCCCAACGGGCUUUAUGAUUUGGCCCUGGGUCCCGCUGACAGUAAAGAAAUCUGCACAACAUGCAUGCAGGACUUUACCCACUGCCCAGGACACUUUGGCCACAUCGACCUGCACUUGCCCGUCUACAACCCUCUGCUGUUUGAUAAAUUGUACUUGAUAAUACGAGGUUCCUGUCUGUCGUGCCACAUGUUCACGUGUCCAAGGGCUGCCAUUCACCUUCUUCUCAACCAGCUCAAGUUAUUAGAUGUUGGUGCAAUCAGGGAAGUGUAUGAGAUUGAUGUUGCUCUUAAACAGUUUUUAGAAGGCAGUCCAAAGGCAUCAGGGGCAGAAAUUCAAGACACUUUGGAAGCAUUCAGUGCCCCAAUUAUUAAAGCCAGUAAAGGCAGAGAUGGCAGUGCACCUAUCAAGCAUGUGUGUGAGAUCAAAUCCAGCCUAAUUCGUGACUUUUGGAAGGUCCACAUGAGCUCAAGAAAAUGUCCCAAUUGCAAGGCUGGCAAGGCACAAGUACGCAGGGAACACAACAGCAAGCUGAUUGUUACACGUGCGUUUGGUAAAAAUGACACAGCAGAACAGGAAGAUGAUGUCUACAUGGGUAAACGUGGAUACCUCACUCCAAGCUUAGCUCGAGAACAUGUCAUCAAGGUGUGGGAAAAAGAAGGAUUCUUCUUGAAGUAUUUGUUCUCAGGCCUGGCAGUGAACAGUCCCAAUGGCUUCAGCCCAGAUAUGUUCUUCUUAGAAUUGCUGAUAGUUCCUCCAUGCAGGUAUCGACCUAUUAAUCGAUUGGGGGAUCAGAUGUUUACCAACGGUCAGACAGUGAACAUGCAGGCCGUGAUGAAAGAUAAUUCUAUUAUUCAGAAACUGCUUGCUCUUAUUGCGGCUGAGAAAGCAAAACAGAUAGAAGAUCCUCAGACAGAGCUGGAGGAGUCCAGCGAGACGACAGACGUCAGUCAGACUGACCAGGCAUUCUUAGUGGGCCUGAACGGAGUCACCCUCACGGACAAACUGUACAAUGUGUGGAUCCGCCUACAGAGUCAUGUCAACAUCGUCUUUGACAGUGACAUGGACAAGCUAAUGACUGAAAAGUUCCCCGGGAUUCGCCAGAUCUUGGAGAAAAAGGAAGGUCUGUUCAGGAAGCAUAUGAUGGGGAAACGUGUGGACUUUGCAGCUCGUUCUGUCAUUUGUCCAGACAUGUACAUUGGAACCAAUGAGAUUGGAAUACCCAUGGUGUUUGCCACCAAGCUGACAUACCCACAGCCAGUCACACCCUGGAAUGUAAAGGAGCUGCGACAAGCUGUCCUGAAUGGACCCAAUGUGCAUCCGGGGGCUUCUAUGGUGAUCAAUGAGGACGGCUCACGUACCAUUUUAAGCAGCUCCAACGUGACCCAGAGAGAAGCCAUUGCCAAACAGCUUAUGACACCCACCACAGGCCAGCAUCGAAUACCUAUGAAGAUUGUGAAUCGCCACAUAAAAAAUGGAGAUGUGCUUCUUCUCAAUCGGCAGCCCACAUUGCACAGGCCCUCAAUUCAAGCACACUGUGCUCGCAUUUUACCAGGAGAGAAGGUGCUUAGGCUGCACUAUGCUAACUGCAAGGCCUACAAUGCUGACUUCGAUGGUGAUGAGAUGAACGCACACUUCCCUCAGAGCGAGUUGGGCCGGGCUGAGGCCUAUAAUCUUGUCAGCACGGACCAUCAAUACUUGGUGCCUAAAGAUGGAACACCCUUAGCUGGUCUUAUCCAGGACCACAUGGUGUCAGGCACCAGUAUGACUAUCCGUGGCUGCUUCUUCACACGAGACCAAUACAUGGAACUGGUCUAUAGAGGACUUACUGAUAGAAUUGGCAGAGUAAAGCUCCUCCCUCCUGCCGUCCUUAAACCUCGCUUGCUCUGGACUGGCAAACAGAUUGUGUCCACCCUCUUACUGAAUGUAAUCCCAGAGAACCACAUCCCUCUGAACCUGACAGGAAAAGCCAAGAUCCCCAGUAAAGCUUGGGUGAAGGAGCCCCCUCGGUCCACCCCAGGAUACCAGCCUGAUUCUAUGUGUGAAUCUCAGGUGGUCAUUCGUCAUGGGGAGCUGCUGGUGGGUGUAUUGGACAAAGCUCACUAUGGAAGCUCUGCAUAUGGCCUAGUGCAUUGCUGUUAUGAGCUCUAUGGGGGCGGGACUAGCGGAAAGCUGCUCAGCUGCCUGGCUCGCCUGUUCACUGCCUAUUUGCAGCUUUACCGUGGCUUCACUAUGGGUGUGGAAGACAUUUUGGUGAAAGCUGGAGCCAACUUGCAAAGAAAAAAAAUCAUCAAAGAAUCUGUGAAAUGUGGAGCCAAGGCUCUCCAGGCUGCCUUUAACCUCUCUUCUACUGCAGAGGAAAGCAAAGGCAGGGACCUGUGGCAGGAUGCCCAUUUGAACGUAGACCAGCGCGACUUCAAUAUGGUAGACCUCAAAUUUAAAGAAGAAGUCAAUCAAGUCAACAACAACAUCAACAAGGUUUGCAUGCCACUUGGUCUGCAUCGAUCAUUUCCGGAGAAUAACCUUCAGCUCAUGGUGCAGUCAGGAGCCAAGGGUUCCACAGUUAACACAAUGCAGAUUUCCUGUCUGCUGGGUCAGAUUGAACUGGAGGGGCGUCGUCCUCCCCUGAUGCCUUCUGGGAAGUCCUUACCUUGCUUUCAGCCUUAUGAGGCAGAGCCUCGUUCUGGAGGAUUUGUAACUGGCAGGUUUCUGACUGGGAUCAAACCUCCGGAGUUCUUUUUCCAUUGUAUGGCUGGUCGUGAAGGUCUGGUAGAUACUGCUGUAAAAACAAGUCGUUCUGGGUAUCUGCAGAGAUGUGUGAUAAAGCAUCUGGAGGGGUUGGUGGUCCAGUAUGAUCUGACUGUAAGGGACAGUGACGGCAGUGUGGUGCAGUUCCUGUAUGGAGAGGAUGGUCUGGACAUACCCAAAACUCAGUUCCUGCAGCCACGCCAGUUUCCCUUCAUCAAAGAAAACUAUGAGGUUAUCAGAAAGUCUAAAUGUUUGGAUGAGGUUCUGGCUAAGCUAGACCCAAAGGCAGCACAAAGCCACUUUCAAGCCAUCAAGAAGUGGAAAGCCAAGCAUGAGCAUGCAUCACCCCGGACUGGUGCCUUUCUUCUCUUCUCUCAGAAGAAGCUGGGGAAGAUGAAGGCUGAAGCUGAAGGUCUGUCUGUGGACCUAAAUAAUGGAAGAGUUGCACUCACGCUACAGUUGAUGGAGAAAUGGAAAACACUGGAUGAUGGCAGUCGAGUAAAGUAUCUAAAGAAGACAUCCCACUGCCCAGAUCCCUGUCUGGCUGUUUUCCGGCCUGAUAUUUGCUUUGGUUCUGUGUCUGAGACGUUCAGCUCGAUGAUUGAAACCUACCUCAGUCAGUUCAAUAUCAAGCAUGAAUUUGAUUCUUCAUCUGGAAGUGGUUACUGUGAGAGCUUGAGGAAUCUCUUACAACUGAAGUGGCAGAGGGCACUCUGUGACCCUGGAGAGGCUGUGGGGCUGCUGGCUGCGCAGAGCAUUGGGGAGCCUUCCACACAGAUGACUCUAAACACAUUUCACUUUGCUGGCAGAGGGGAGAUGAACGUCACCCUGGGAAUUCCCAGGUUGCGUGAAAUUUUAUUGAUUGCUAGCUCCAACAUUAAGACUCCUAUGAUGAGCAUUCCAGUUUUAAAGAACAAAAAGGCCAUGAAGCGGGUCAAGAUUCUCCGGAAAAAACUCACACGUGUGUGCUUGGCAGAGGUGUUGCAUAAAGUUGAUGUGCUCGAGACACUUCGCAUGACGAAGAAAAUAAGCCAGAACAAACAAAUCUUCACGGUCACAUUCCACUUCCUGCCUCCAGAGCGUUACAAGGAGGACAAGUUAUUGUCUCCUCAAAGCAUCCUUUCAUUCAUGGAACAAAGGUUUUUCCGGUUACUUCUUGAAGCCAUCAAGAAACUGAGUGCCAAGCUGGCCUCUAUUAAUGCAGUGGACACACGCAAGGCCACAACCAAAGAUAGUGAUCGGGAUGUUGGGGGCUCUGAGACUGCGGUGGAUGAUGGAGAUGGGGAUGGAGAGGAGCUCAGGGUGGUGGAUGAUGAAGCAGAUGAAGGGGAUGCAGACGCUGCUGAUGCCAAGAGAAAAGAAAAACAAGAGGAGGAGGUUGACUAUGAGAGUGAUGAAGGCGAGGAAAAUGGUGAUGAAGAACAAGAGGAAGUUAUGGAAGGAUCUGAGCAGAAAUCUCAGGAAUCUGAGGAACAGUUUGAAGAAAGGCCAAACAGGAUUUCACCGCCCAUACCUUCAGAAUCUUCCAACAACCAGGAGCAGGCAGAUGGUACACAGGAUUCCAUGAGGAUUACAAGUGUACUACAGAUCAGCGACAGCAUUGAGGGCUACAAAUAUGACGACACAAACGGCCUGUGGUGUGAGAUCACGCUGUCCCUGCCUGUUAGCAAAGUCCACUUUGACCUCACAUCAUUGGUGGUAGCACAAGCUCAAAAUGCAGUCAUCAUUGAAACAAAAGGCAUCACACGAUGCUUACUGAAUGAGGUGACCACUAAGGACGGCGCCAAGGAACUGUUCCUGAAAACAGAGGGCAUCAACAUGCAUGAGAUGUUCAAACACGGACAUAUUCUAGACUUAAAUCGCUUGUAUUCGAAUGAGAUCCAUGCCAUGGCCAACACAUACGGCAUUGAAGUGGCUCUGAGAGUCAUUGAGAAGGAGAUCAAAGAUGUGUUUGCUGUUUACGGUAUUGAGGUAGAUCCACGACACCUGUCUCUUGUGGCUGACUACAUGUGCUUUGAAGGGGUGUACAAACCUCUUAACCGGCUAGGCAUUCAGUCCAACAGCUCUCCCCUACAACAGAUGACUUUUGAAACCAGCUUCAAAUUUUUGAAAGAAGCUACCAUGCUGGGUUCCUAUGACAAGUUGAACUCACCCUCUGCUUGCUUGGUUGUGGGAAAAGUUGUGAAAGGAGGGACUGGACUCUUCGAUUUGAAGCAGCCUUUACAGUGAUAAUGAAUGCUUCUACUGCACACUGCUUUGCUUGGGGGGAGGACUAUUGACAAUGUUAAAUGUUUAAAACGUCAAUAAAAUUAUUUUAUUAA